UCAGGCCCCAGGGCAGGAAUGGGGCGGCCCGGCUCCCCGCGGCAGUGGGGGCUACUGCUGCUGGGGCUGCUGCUCCCCCCGGUCACCCCCUUCUGGCUCCUCAAUGUGCUCUUCCCCCCGCACACCACGCCCAAGGCGGAGCUCAGUAACCACACACGGCCCGUCAUCCUCGUGCCUGGCUGCCUGGGGAAUCAGCUGGAAGCCAAGCUGGAUAAGCCAGACGUGGUCAACUGGAUGUGCUACCGCAAGACAGAGGACUUCUUCACCAUCUGGCUGGAUCUCAACAUGUUCCUGCCCCUGGGGGUAGACUGCUGGAUCGACAACACCAGGGUCAUCUUCAACCGCACCUCAGGGCGCCUGUCCAAUGCCCCCGGCGUGCAGAUCCGCGUCCCUGGCUUUGGCAAGACCUAUUCUGUCGAGUACCUGGACAGCAACAAGCUGGCAGGUUACAUGCACACCCUGGUGCAGAAUCUGGUCAACAACGGGUACGUGCGGGACGAGACGGUGCGGGCCGCCCCCUAUGACUGGCGGCUGGAGCCCAGCCAGCAGGAAGAGUACUACCACAAGCUGGCCGGGCUAGUGGAGGAGAUGUACGCGGCCUACGGGAAACCCGUCUUCCUCAUCGGGCAUAGCCUGGGCUGCCUGCAUGUGCUCUACUUCCUGCUGCGCCAGCCCCAGUCCUGGAAGGACCGCUUCAUUGAUGGCUUCAUUUCUCUGGGGGCCCCCUGGGGCGGCUCCAUCAAGCCUAUGCUGGUCUUGGCCUCAGGCGACAACCAGGGCAUCCCGAUCAUGUCCAGCAUCAAGCUGAAAGAGCAGCAGCGCAUGACAACGACCUCCCCCUGGAUGUUUCCCUCCAGCAUGGCGUGGCCCGAGGAUCACGUGUUCAUUUCCACGCCCCACUUCAACUACACGAGGCGCGACUACCAGCGCUUCUUUGCAGACCUGCACUUUGAGGAGGGCUGGUACAUGUGGCUCCAGUCCCGCGACCUGUUGGCAGGGCUGCCCGCGCCUGGCGUGGAAGUCUACUGUCUGUACGGAGUGGGCCGGCCCACGCCCCGCACCUACAUCUAUGACCACGGCUUCCCCUACGAGGACCCUGUGGAUGUCCUCUAUGAGGAUGGGGACGACACGGUGGCCACGCGCAGCAUGGAGCUCUGUGCCGGCUGGCAGCACCGCCAGGCGCAGCCCGUGCACCUGCUGCCUCUGCACAACCUCCAGCACCUCAACAUGGUCUUCAGCAACCAGACGCUGGAGCACAUCAACGCCAUCCUGCUGGGGGCCUACCGAAACAGCACCCCGGUGCCCCCCACUGCCAGCCCCGGGCCCCCACCCCCUGAAUAAAGACAAG